AUGGGCAUCUGGUACGAAGUCGAACGAAAAUCAGACCGAAUGUUUAGGCUAGCUGCGUGUCAGUUGGAUGACCUGGAACAAAGCCUCACCCUGGAGGAGUUGAAUUCGAGACUGGAUGAUCUACCACGGGACCUGUCCGCCAUGUACGACCGCAUGAUUUUGAAUAUUCCACCCGAGUUCAAAAGUGACGCCUUUUGUCUCUUAAGGUUCCUCAUUCAUGCCGGACGACCUGUGACGUUCAUAGAGACAGUCGACCAUGUAUCUACACAGGCCGAAAAUAGCCAGGUUGAUGAUGUUCAUCGUCGACUUCUCGUGGAUGACAACAUGUCCUCUUACUGCCCAGGUCUGGUAUCAAUUACCGAGGAGUCGCGAGACGGAAAGGUUACAAAACAGGUCCAAUUCGCCCACCUUUCAGUCGAGGAGUACCUGAUGUCUAAAAGCGAGUUUCAACCUGCACCGACUGCUGUCAGAGUAGCCUUCACCGAAAGCUACGGCUCUUCUACUGUGGCUAGCCAGUUGUUCAGCAAAGAAGCUGUCUCUACGAAGCCGCCGUCUCUUGAGGAGAACAUAAAUGUGACCGAGGAUCACGCAACAAGGCAGAUGGCCAAGACUUUGCACAGUCACAAGCAGAUCGAGAGUUCCUGUGAUGACACUAACGAUGAUGUUAGAUCCCUGAUUUCGGGACUUGAAGACAUUCAGUCGCAGGAUGAAGCAAACCCCACUCGCUGGGAAGUCAAAGGAGCUGCAGUCAACUACCUGGCUGAUAUGUUGACCAAAUAUCCCAACCUUGGGCCGUUAUACGAAGAAGCUUUCAAGAGUUUAGAUGAUGCGCGCUUUGUUCGGAACCACGGACGUUUGCUGAGGAGAUACUAUAUCUCGCUGCUCUUACAAUCCCCGAGCCAAAAACAGCGUAUAGCUGUUGACUUCCUCAGACCAAGGUCCCAUAGGACUCUCAUUUCCAGAAAGAUCCUCGAUAACACGGGGAUGGAGAUAGUUCCUGUGACCCUGCCUCAAGAUAAUGAGCGGAACUUGAUCUUGGAGCGGUUUCUAAACAAAGUUGAAACUCACUCAGUCAUUCAGACGCCUGUAGCGCCAAAUUUUGAUGAAGGGAAUGAGACUGAAAGCUCUGAGGAGGAUGACGAAGAAGAUUUCCACCAAGGUCUUGCGUUCGUUGAUCUUGAGGAUGCCAAAAGCUAUUUCGUUUCUGGAACGCCGCUGAUGCAAUUCGAAACCGAGUUUCGGGACUUUCUUCAUCCUCCCCGCAAAAGCGCUAUAGACACACAAGAGGAGACGCAGAGUCAAGUAAACAAAGAGACAGAGCAGGGGGUGAAUGCUGAGCCGGGUGGAUGGUCACACAACAUCGUCUGUUUGAAGAACAGACUAUCUUCCCGGCUUUACGAUACGUGUUAUCCGCCAAAGCUAGGGUAUCAAAGAGUUUGGUACAUAUGUGAAUGUGGCGACCGCAUGUUUCUAGACGUCAAAGAGCUCAGCCCGGGUGGGAUCCAGCGAUUCCGGCAACGCUUCGCGAAAGAUGGACUUGCCAGGCUGCUCGGCGCCAGCUAUGCGAUGACAGAUCAAGACGCGACAGCGGGUGACGAUUCUCGAAGCGAGCCCUGGACUGAGCAAUUCUCCAUCAGGAAGAGGGCCGUCAACACCGGUAAACGACACGUCUGGAUCUGA